AUGUUUGAGCAAAACAUCUGUGCAAAGACUCGGAGCCACGGACUCGGAGGCACGGACUCAGAGGCACAGACUCAGAGGCACAGACUCAGAGGCACAGACUCAGAGCCACAGACUCAGAGCCACAGACUCAGAGGCACAGACUCGGAGGCACAGACUCGGAGGCACGGACUCGGAGACACGGACUCGGAGGCACAGACUCGGAGGCACAGACUCGGAGGCACAGACUCAGGCACAGACUCAGGCACAGACUCGGAGACACAGACUCGGAGACACAGACUCGGAGGCACAGACUCAGGCACAGACUCAGAGGCACAGACUCAGAGGCACAGACUCGGAGGCACAGACUCGGAGACACAGACUCGGAGACACAGACUCGGAGGCACAGACUCGGAGACACAGACUCGGAGGCACAGACUCAGGCACAGACUCAGAGGCACAGACUCGGAGGCACAGACUUGUAGGUACAGACUCGGAGCCACAGACUCAGGCACAGACUCAGAGGCACAGACUCAGGCACAGACUCAGAGGCACAGACUCAGAGGCACAGACUCAGAGUCAGAGGUACAGACUCAGAGGCACAGACUCAGAGGCACAGACUCAGGCACAGACUCAGAGGCACAGACUCCAUAA